AGGGGGGCGGAGGGGGCGCCGCGACGGGCACCGGGCAGCCGCCCUCUCCCCCCGGCCUGCCGACCCCCGGGGAAGGCUCUCCGCCUUCCGGCCCCUCACCUGCCUUGUGCCUGCCGCUGCAGCCCCCUGCCAGCCCUUCCUAGCUUGGCGAGUGCUGAACUGUUAGGAAGCCAGGAGGUACAACAUGCGAGUAAACAAAUUGCUGCUGAUAAGCAGUACAAGGGUAUCAUCGAUUGUGUAGUGCGUAUUCCGAAGGAACAAGGAGUGCUGUCCUUCUGGCGUGGCAACUUGGCAAAUGUCAUAAGAUACUUCCCAACUCAAGCCCUCAACUUUGCCUUCAAGGAUAAGUAUAAGCAGGUGUUCUUAGGAGGAGUAGACAAGCACACUCAAUUCUGGAGGUAUUUUGCUGGUAACCUGGCUUCUGGUGGAGCAGCUGGAGCCACUUCCCUCUGCUUUGUCUACCCAUUGGAUUUUGCAAGAACCCGUUUGGCUGCUGAUGUCGGAAAAGCUGGUGCAGACAGAGAAUUCUCUGGCCUGGGGGACUGUCUAGUCAAAAUUACCAAGUCUGAUGGUCUGCGUGGCUUGUACCAAGGGUUCAAUGUCUCUGUCCAGGGUAUCAUCAUCUAUAGAGCAGCCUACUUUGGAAUCUAUGAUACAGCAAAAGGCAUGCUCCCAGAUCCCAGAAAUACUCAUAUUGUUAUCAGUUGGAUGAUUGCACAGACAGUGACUGCUGUGGCUGGUGUGGUCUCCUAUCCUUUUGAUACAGUUCGGCGUAGGAUGAUGAUGCAGUCAGGACGCAAAGGAGCUGAUAUCAUGUACUCUGGAACAGUUGACUGCUGGCGGAAGAUUGCAAGGGAUGAGGGAGGAAAAGCGUUCUUCAAGGGUGCAUGGUCUAAUGUUCUCAGAGGCAUGGGGGGUGCCUUUGUGCUUGUGCUGUAUGAUGAAUUCAAGAAAGUCAUUUAAAGAUAGCCUAACUAGAAUUGGAAAGCAAGUUGAGCAGAUCAUGUAGAAUAACUAUCAUUAUGGACCAUUGACCUUCAAGAAAUUCCUGUGAGUCUUAUUUAUCGGAGCCAGAUAUUUGUAGACGGGGCUAGAAACUGGCAUAAGGGACUGAUCUAUUUCUUGUUGACCUGCAUGGGGACACUGAAACUGGCAAUUCAGUGUUGUGAUUUUUUUCCAGCAGUGAGAAAUCAGUGGCAUUGAUUCUGGGUCCAAAGUGACUGGGUCCAAUUCAGGCAGAAAAAAAUGCCUGUGGAUCAGUCCCCAGUUUCAAGUCCCAUCUUCUAGGACCAUAAAAUUGUAUUUGAAAGUACUUGCUAACAAAUCAUGUCUUUUCCACUUGUACUGAAGCACUAUGUACCAUUUUGCACAGUUGAACAUCUAGCAAUUAUGUUCUUAAAUUGGGGCAUUCUGCUGUAAAAACAAUAAACAUACUUACUCUG